AUGAAGUGCUUUCUUUACCUAGUCACGAGCUGCUUCUUGCUCGCCACGGUGGCCCAGGACAACGAUGCAGAUCAGACAGUAGAGGAUCAGUAUCCAGAAACGGCCGAAAUCUUUUUCGACGACAGCCUAUCUCUCUCGGGUUACGCCCUAGUUGAAUUCGAACCCCUGAAGGACGGUCACACGAAUCCGAAUUUGUCCGAUACGGCGGAGUACGAAGGCUAUGACUGGACUCAGGAGUUUCCUGGUUCCAAGCUCGGCGACUUCAAGGCCCAUCUCCGCGUCGUAGACAACGUCCCAUUUCUCGAGGACAGCUCUGAUGGAGAACUCGUUCCAUCUACUACGAACAAGACCGCCGUGUCAACCGUAACAUAUAACCUCCCUCAAUCAUUGAUGGAUGGCGACAAGGUCAAGCCUGUGCAUCCAUCCUGGUUGAUUUGUCGACAGAUCUGGAUUGCAACAAAGCCCGGUAACACCCAAGGAGAUCACCAAUGCGGUUUCAUCCCGGACCAAUGCCGCAAGGACUGGACUGAACAAUUGACCCGGAACUGGGUGAGUGGGGAUGAGGUCGGACGAUGUACUGCCCAUUAUGUCUACUCACCGCCGAAGAGUUGCCUCGAUUCGAUUGGCAAUGCCUCCACAAUUCUCUACCAUAAAUUGGGCGAUGUGGCCUGGCGGGUCGGCACUGGGUCCAGUCUAGACCUCAAUAACAAAACCUCCCUUCAAAAGGCAUCAGAGAACACCUUUAUCAUCACAACGGCAUGGGGUUAUAGUGUCAAUUCGAGUAGCGACAGCCGAGAGACGCCAGAUGUUAGUUUUUCUUGCUUGAACGUCCAGGAGGACUCUAAGCCCAACUCGAACGAGAACGGCUCCCCUCGGACUUUUGGAUUGUCCGCCAUUGGGCUGAUUAUUGGAAUUGGGUACGCGUUAUGGGUUCUAUAA